AUGCGUGGGGAGCUCGCGCACUACAGCUGGAGCCGUGGAUAUUUGGUGUAUCCUUCAGAAGCUCAGGCUUUGCACAACACGUUGCUCUUGGAUGUUCGUGCGGACUCGUUGGAACUGAAUCUUCACAAGGGCAAGCACACACGUUCGGUGGAUGUGACUGUUGAGCACCCAAGCUUGUCAGACAGUUUCCCUACCAGCCUCGAAGAGCAAUCAUCGGCAGUGUGCCAAAUCUCUUUGCCAAGGGGUCCUGCUUACAGCCGAAUUUCGAUUCAUGCAAUUGGUGACUUUGUGAGCACAACGUACGUCGUUCACAUUCUUCGGAUUGGAGAGGACGUAACGGUUUCAAUGUCGAGCCCACUGAUGGUUCGCAGUGAAAGGAGCCCUGCAUCUCGCAGCUUUCAGGAGGAGAGGCGGUUGUCAUUUCAACUUUCCAAUCCCCUGUGGUACGUGCCGGACAUUAACAUGGCAGCCAACUCCACCGUGCAGUUGGCGUGGCGUCCAGCUGUUCUUGCGCCGGUUAGGCAGGAUCUUCGUGGGGCACUGAUGCCGCACGUCGGCAAAUCAUGUCUUUGCACGGAUGUGCCCGGCUUUGGCCGGUGCGCAGUGGAGGAAGCUCUUCGAGUGGGCGAAGGCGAAGAGAUGCCCAGCCUGUGCGUCUUCCAGGAAGAGACCAUGUCCGAGGUCCACCCAUUGAAAUCAGAGUCCAGCAUCGCUGGAAAUGAAUCAGACUUCCUACAGUGGUUGCAAAAUGUCACAGUGAGCGGAAAGUCUGUGAGCCUUCUAGCCAGUCCCGAAGGUCGCGACGUAGACAUGGAGACAGCAAUCCCAUUCAGUGUCGUGAACACUAGCGAGGCCACUACAAGCAUAGAAAGCAUCUUUCAAGUAUCACUUCCCGCAAAGUUCUUGACAGGAGAGGGUACACGCAUAAUUGCCAGCUUCACUGAAGACCGGACCGAUGUUGAGGUCACGGACAUUCCUGUGAUGAUCGUGCCCUACCCGCCCCCAGUCACACUGCACUUUCAUAGCAGCGCGGGCGAAGCCUUUUUGCUUCCCGAUUGGUCAACCACAUCUGACCAAAACUAUGUUUUUUGUGGUGGGAAGUCGAAUAGCAUGAGCCUGUUGCGCACCAACAUGUCGGAUGUGCGAUUUUUUGCACAGCGUUUGCAAGGGGAGGGUGGCCUAAACUGCAACCGUGCCACAGAGCGGGAAGAGUGGCUGGAGCUCAAAGCAGUCCGUAAGAACGAGUCCUGCAAAGGCCAAUGCCCGCAUUACAGCACCAGAGGUGAAGGCUACGAUGUUCGCGUGGUCAGAUCGCCCGAGGCCUGUCUCGAGGAGGCAAUGAAAUUGAAGAAUAUGUCUGCGGUGGUGAUGAUCCUGCGCAACAUGGUCACGAAGCACAGCCCUUGUUAUAAUGACUUUGGCUUGUGGGACUUUGCCCUCAGCUUGGAGCAUACAGGAGAUUGGGAAAAGUCUGUCGAGCACCUUCUGAGGGAGAUGGACCCAAACAAAAUGUAUCAAGAUGAGACGCCGCUUCAAGCGGCUGCGGCUAAAGGCGAUGUUGCGGCGAUGCGCCUGCUUCUCUUGGACGAAAGGAUCAGGAAGGAGGUGGACAAGCAGAACAGCAAAAACGAGACGGCCCUGAUGAGAGCCAGCGAUUCCUGCCAUUUGAAGGCCGUUCAGCUGUUGAUCGAGCACGGGGCACAGGUCAACUUAUCUCGCGACAAGCGAAAGAACAGAGCCGAGGAAAGACUGAAGUGCGAAACCGGACCCACGGCGCUGGUGUCGAUGUUGGCAAGUGAUUACCGCCAAGUGAAAAGUUGUAACGGUGGUGGGGGAGAUGGGGCCCAAAUGAGCAAAGUCAUGAAGGUGCUCGAGGACAACGGGACCACCCUGAACACAUCCAUUUGUGACUACAGAGGCUGGCUCUUGCAAGUGGCAUUCAGCCACUACGAUCCGCGCCUUCUGAAGAUUGUCCUGGACGCAGGGGCCUCUCCACAAGAUGCCGUCAAACCAUUCGUCAGUUCGAUUAAGAAGUCUACAAAAAAGCCUGGCUUCGCCAGAUUCCUCGGCGAGGCAGCAGCACUUCUUCUGCACGCAAAGGUGGAUCCAAACGACCAGUACCAACAAGGGACUCCGCUUAGCUGGGCUGCCAGGUAUUGCCGCGUGGAGGUUGUGCGAAAUCUCCUUGUGCCCCCGACUGUGUUGAAGAACGAGACUCGGAGUCUAGCAGAAAAGCAACUACGAAUGGGUUGUAGCAAAACCAACAAGUCCGCAAGCAGCGCCAUCGCACGACUCCUUGAAGAUGGUGUGAAAGGUUCCGAGAGCUGA